CAGCAUUUUUCAGAUUCUUAGACUUGGAAGUUUGAAACUGAGUCCUUUCUCCCAGUAGUAUACCCACAGGCCACAGCCACAGGUGCACUUCUCAGUUCUCACUCUGUCACCGUUACGAAAUCCAAAACCAGAACAGAGCACCUCUCUCUCUCUCUCUCUCUCUCUCUCUCUCUCUGUAAUGAUAUAAAGCAGAAGUACCAGUAACGGAAAAGAGAGAAAACAGAGUGCAUUUUCAUAAUUCUGCCAUAAACGUUCUUUUUUUUUUGUCAAAACCAUAAGUGUUCCUUUGCUUCCUUGGCACCCAUAACUCUCUCUCUCUGUCUCUCUUUCUCUCUCUCUCUCUAGCCCUUUUCCCAUUCAUUCCCUUACAUAACUGACCUACCAAGCAAAGAAGCCUGAGAACAGGUAUAGCAUACAGCCAUGGUACAAUUCCAUUUGUCAUGAAGUUUAUUUUUCUUGCACACUACCCUUCUCUUUUUUUACCGUACUCUCUUUUUAUUUCUCCAUCGGAACUUGAUCAUCAACGCCUGCAGAAACCAUACCCAGAUUCCAAAAUCAUAUCUUUUUAGUUCAAAUGUCGAAGAACCCAUCUCAACAAGACCAUGAAACCGUGCAAUUCUCUGAAAUUUUUAAGAAAUUCAAGCGUUUGAGACUUUUUGAGCCGUCUGUAGGGGUUUUGGGGUUCUUUUUGGUUACAGUUUGUGUGAUUUGUUGCUUCUUUUACUUAGAUUUCAGGUCUGUAAUUAAUAAGGUGUAUAGAGUUCCGGGUAAAUCAGAGAGGUUUAUGUGGCUGCAGAUUAAUGGGUCGGGUCCAAAUAGAAGAUUUGAGUUUUUGGGACAGGAGGGUGAUGGGUGUGAUGUGUUUGAUGGGGAGUGGGUGUGGGAUGAGAGUUAUCCAUUGUAUCACUCUAAAGAUUGCAGCUUCUUGGAUGAGGGGUUCAGGUGCACCGAAAAUGGCAGGCCUGAUUUGUUCUACACCAAAUGGAGAUGGCAACCAAAGCACUGCAACUUGCCCAGAUUUGAUGCUAAAGCGAUGUUGGAGAAACUGCGCAACAAACGGCUAGUGUUUGCUGGAGAUUCAAUUGGAAGGAAUCAAUGGGAGUCCCUUAUGUGUAUGCUGUCUUCUGCAGUUCCUAAUGAGGACUCCAUCUACGAAGUGAAUGGCAGUCCAAUUACCAAGCAUAAAGGAUUUUUGGUUUUCAAGUUUCAGGAUUAUAAUUGCACUGUGGAGUACUAUAGGUCUCCAUUUCUUGUAUUGCAGAGUCGGCCUCCUGCUGGUGUUCCAGGAAAUGUUAGAUUAACCCUAAAAUUGGAUCAAAUGGAUUGGAACUCUGGCAAGUGGAGAGAUGCCGACAUACUGGUCCUCAACAUGGGGCACUGGUGGAAUUAUGAGAAAACCAUAAGAGGAGGUACCUACUUUCAAGAGGGGACAGAGGUGAAAUUGGAAAUGAGGGUCGAACAAGCAUACCACAGGUCAAUUGAGACUGUCUUUCAGUGGAUACAGAAUCAAAUGAAUACAAGCAAGACCCAAGUUUUCUUCCGCACAUUUGCCCCUGUGCAUUUCAGAGGCGGAGACUGGAGGACAGGGGGAAGCUGUCACUUGGAGACAUUGCCUGAGCUUGGUUCAUCAUUGGUGCCAUCUGAAACCUGGGCUCAAUACAAAAUAUUUGCUGAUGUGCUAUCAGCUUACUCAAACCAAGAAUUAAAAUUUGAUAUAUUGAAUAUAACCAGGAUGUCUGCACAAAGAAAAGAUGGGCAUUCAUCUGUAUACUAUCAUCAUUCACAACCUGCGCCAUUUCGUCGGCAAGACUGCAGCCAUUGGUGCCUGCCUGGGGUCCCUGACUCAUGGAAUGAGCUCCUCUAUGCACUGCUAUUAAAGCACAAACAUAUGAAGACGUACAACAUAUCCUCAUAUAGAGCAUACAGUUUUGAUUAAGAUAAAGCUUUGAUUUAUAUGCCAUUGCCAACACUAAAGCCAGGAGCUAGAUGCUUAGAAAUGACUCCAAUUUUCCUGCAGUAGAUAGAAGAUAAGAACAUGCACAGUGAAUUUUGUUAUAGUUUGGCAGAAAAGUUAAAAAACAGAUACUGUACUGUGGAUUUUGAUAGUGAGAUUAAAGAUAUGAGCUGAGUGGAUAUUUGUGCUGGAUUUUGGCUGAAGAUUUUGGGAAUAAAAUGACUAAAUUGUAGAGAUAUAUUCAAGAAUAGGGUUGUUGCGAUUACAAUCAAGUGGUGUAAUUUCAUUGAGGGAAAUGUAAUUAACAAUUCUUUGUCUGUCAA